CCUCCUACGGCGGUUCCUGGUGGGGAUCUGGCUAAGGUUAUGCGUGCGGUUUGUAUGAUAUCUAAUUCAACUGCCGUUGCGGAGGUCUUCUCUCGAAUUGACCAUAAAUUCGAUUUGAUGUACGCCAAGCGUGCCUUCGUGCACUGGUAUGUGGGCGAGGGCAUGGAGGAAGGGGAAUUUUCGGAGGCUAGAGAGGACUUGGCUGCUCUUGAGAAGGAUUAUGAAGAAGUCGGUAUCGAGACGGCCGAAGAUGAUUAUUAUGAUGAGGAGGAGGGAGGAUAUGGGGAUGAAUUCUAA